GCCUAGCACACUCGCGGAUAAGUGGAUCUGCCCAGCACACUCGCAGAUAAACUCUUGCUCCUGGUUGGGCGGCAUGUUCUGGCGGCGGCUUUUUGGAGGAGUUGCCCGCGGAUGUGGCACGCUCGCGGAAACUCGAGCUCGGGUUCGAGCUCGGCCUCGUGCUCCUGCUCCUCCUCUCAAGCUCGUCUAUGAUAACACCACCACCUCCUUGUUCCUCUUCUGCGAUAUCUGCUACAACCGGCAGUUGACUGCAUGCGGCUGCCCCGACACGACGUUGCUUGAUCACCUGAGCUACGCUCAUGGAAACAUCUGCCCCAAGCAGCGUCGUACACAUGCAAAUGCCCUUUACUGGGGAGCGCCUUGGAGCAUUCCAGCCUACUUGUACGACAACGAAAUGGAGCCUUCAAUGACGCCGCUGGAGCCAUGCCAGAUCAGGAGCAUCGAAGCCGUGGGCUGCAUUUCCACGUUCGAGCUCGGCCUGCGGUGUCGGGGUCCUCCGGCGGAAUUCGUGAUCGAUGGAACUUUAGGAGAGCUUGAUGCUAAACAAGUCCUUGUCUAUAAGGAAUCCAUCUGGCAGAAUCGGGUCUCCACUGGCUACAUCCUUCUGGCGGUUCCCACCAAGGCAUUGCAGUAUGGCUCUCUGGACUGGGUCGUCAACUACGACGACUUCCGGGGCAUGCCCAUGACACUGUCGGCCAGGAAGUUCGUCCAGGCGUCUCAUGACCGUGGAGAGGAUCCUGUCAAGGAGCUGGACGCUGUGGACGCGAUCGGGAUCAGAAAGUGCGUCGUGGUGGAUCUCCGCGGUAUUGGCAUCAAUAGAAAGAUGGGCCUCUUUUUCGCUGAAGAUGCUCUACGCGACGUGCUGCCGUGUGUGGCUGGCACCAAGCUUGUCCCUGCCAAGGCAGUCUUUGACGAUCGUCUUUGGGACAAGCUUGGUGUCCAGGGCAGGGUGGCCAAGGACGCGGCCGUAUGUGACAUAAUGCAUUCAGAGGGAAUAACAGAGAUGAUGUUGCUCAAGUCGCAAGAUUGUGGGGGUAGAUUGGACAAGGUCACCAAUUCUCAGGACACAAUGCUGCUCGAGCCAAAAUCUAAGACUAAGGCUGGAGAAUGUUUAUUCUCCACUGCUGUGCUGGCUGCUAACGCAAAAUACAUUCCGUGCUCAAAAACCAAGUGUGGCGGCCUUACAAUGAUGCUUUGUGAAAAUCCAAAUUGCUUAGCUAACAACGUGAUGAGAUGGGCAACACAGGCGAUGUUUAGGAUCUUUCUCGGCAAGCAAAUAUUUUUAGCUUUUAAUCUAAAAUGUUUUUGUACUUUCAGAGCGGCAUUUACAAAAGGACCCUGGGACUAAACUGUCCAAAGUAGGAAAUCAA